UACUUUAAUUCAUAAUGCAUACCUUUUUAUAAAGUUAUCUCCAAGUAGCAUAGAUCUAUAUCUGUUGAAAUUAACAUUAACAUCCACCUAUAAUGUACAAUAAUGGAGGCUUUGGGUGCAGAUAAACCUGCACUUGGCAUGAGCAUAAAGUAAAGCAGACGCCUUUAACCAGAGCUACUGGCUCGCUGCCCUGACUGUAUUUGUUUUCAUCCUGGUAGAUGUGACCAAUCCCGGCUGAGACUGGGAGGAGACUAGCCCGCCUUCAACUUAGACCCGCCUCUCUGUUCAGGGAACACCGCUUCAUACAUACACUGUUGUUAGCGACGUAGCCUCCACGGACAAUCUCAUCUAUUUGACAUCUCACUUUGUCAGAAGUUCACUUUGUGUCCCGGCCGGGUGAACGUGCUCGUAGCGGUGUUACAGGUGUGGUUUACUGGUGCUGUGGUGCGAGUCUGAUCGCUGCUGGUGGCUGAGUCCUGCGAGCCCCUUUGAGUAUGCGUAUACAAUGAAGAGGCGUGUGGAGGACCAGGAACCAAUAUUUGCGCCCCAGCAACAGCAAACACGUCGUCCCCCAGUUCAAGGCAUUGCAGACAGCUUCCAGCACCGGGCCCUCGCCCCGGCCCCUACUGUGAUAGAGGCAGCUGCAGACAACAUGCAGCCAUCCACCGGCAUUCAGUAUUCUCUGCCCCAAGGCUACCAGGUGCCUACGAUGCCUCAGAGCACAAGUGGACAUGGACACGGACAUGGACAUAACAAUACUGCACCUCAUGUUGGUCCCCACGCACACGGCCUGGCAGUUCAGUCCCAGGGCCCUGCAUUGGUCCAAGGUCACGUUCAUCCCCCUUCACCCAUGACUUCAGCCCAAGGACAGCAGUUCCAGCGACUGAAGGUUGAAGAUGCCUUGUCCUAUCUGGAUCAAGUGAAGCUGCAGUUUGGGAAUCAGCCACAAGUUUAUAAUGAUUUCCUUGACAUUAUGAAAGAGUUCAAGUCACAGAGCAUUGACACUCCUGGAGUCAUCAACCGUGUGUCCCAGCUCUUCAAGGGCCAUCCAGACCUCAUUAUGGGUUUUAACACUUUCUUGCCACCCGGAUAUAAGAUUGAGGUUCAAACCAACGAUCUAGUCAAUGUGACCACGCCGGGUCAGAUCCACUACAUCACCCCUCAUGGUAUCUCUGUUCAGAAUAUACCUAUGGUUGGAGCGUCCAGCCAACCUGCGAGCCACAACCAGCACCAGAGUCUGCCACAGGCUGGCCCGCACACUACCACCAACACCACCACCACCACCACCACCGUCCCACCCACCCCCACCCAACCGACUCCAAAUAAAACCAGCAAGCCAAUUCAGUCUCCAGCCCACACACCCACCAGCCAGCCCAACCCAUCCAUCCCAUCUUACGCCUCACCACGCUCACCUUCGGUUCAGUCCCACACUCCCGUGAGCAGCACGCCGUCCGGUGGGCCGCCUCUCCAGAACAACCAGCCUGUGGAGUUCAACCACGCUAUAAAUUAUGUCAACAAGAUCAAGAACCGCUUCCAGGGUCAGCCAGACAUCUACAAAGCCUUCCUGGAAAUCCUUCACACAUACCAGAAGGAACAACGAAAUGCUAAAGAAGCAGGAGGCAACUACACCCCAGCACUGACUGAGCAGGAGGUCUACACUCAGGUGGCAAGACUCUUCAAGAACCAGGAGGACCUUCUCUCAGAGUUUGGACAGUUCCUGCCAGAUGCAAACAGCUCGAUGCUGCUGGGCAAGGUCACCCCAGACAGGGCCGACUCGGUGCGUAACGAUCAUGGCGGUACAGUAAAGAGACCUUUAAUGAACAGCAAACAGAGACUGAGCCAGAACGGCCUACCAAUCAGGAGACCUGCUGGAGUUGGACCCACACCGCCUGUCAAGAAAAAGCCCAAGAUAUUGGGGAAGGACCAUGGCCUGACUGAUGUCAGCAAACACAGCACCAGCACUGAAACUAUGUUCUUCGAGAAGGUGAAGAAGGCACUGCGGAGCUCUGAGGCGUACGACAACUUCCUGCGGUGUCUUCACAUUUUCAACCAGGAAGUGAUCUCUCGUGCCGAGCUGGUCCAGUUAGUCAUCCCAUUUCUUGGAAAAUUCCCGGAGCUUUUUACAUGGUUUAAGAACUUCCUGGGCUACCGAGAGUCCAUUCACGGGGAGUCAAGCCACACAGAGAGUUUACCCAAGGAGCGUGCAACAGAGGGCAUCGCCAUGGAGAUUGACUACGCUUCCUGCAAGAGGCUGGGGUCCAGCUAUAGAGCACUGCCCAAGAGCUACACGCAGCCCAAAUGCACGGGAAGGACGCCGCUGUGCAGAGAGGUUCUGAAUGACACGUGGGUGUCGUUUCCAUCGUGGUCUGAGGAUUCUACGUUUGUGAGCUCCAAGAAGACUCAAUAUGAGGAGCACAUUUACAGAUGUGAGGAUGAGCGCUUUGAGCUGGAUGUCGUGUUGGAAGCCAACCUUGCCACGAUACGAGCCCUGGAGACGGUGCAGCGGAGGAUGUCUCGCAUGUCGGCUGAGGAGCAGCUGCGCUUCAAGCUGGACAACACGAUGGGCGGCUCCUCAGAGGUCAUUCACCGCAAAGCUAUCCAGAGGAUAUACGGAGACAAGGCCAACGACAUCAUUGACGGACUCAAGAAGAACCCAGCUGUGUCUGUCCCCAUAGUGCUGAAAAGAUUAAAAAUGAAGGAGGAGGAGUGGAGAGAAGCCCAGAGAGGCUUCAACAAAAUCUGGCGGGAGCAGAAUGAAAAGUAUUACCUGAAGUCACUCGACCACCAAGGCAUCAACUUCAAGCAGAAUGACACCAAAGUGUUGCGUUCAAAGACCUUACUCAAUGAGAUUGAGAUGCUGUAUGAUGACCGCCAGGAGCGAGCAUCCGAGGAAACUGCCACACCGCCACCGAGCGGCCCACACAUGACCCAGACCUAUGACGACAGCCAAAUCCUGGAGGACGCCGCCGCCCUCAUCAUCCACCACGUCAAGAGACAGGUGGGCAUCCAGAAAGAAGACAAGUACAAGAUCAAACAGAUCAUCCACCACUUCAUCCCCGACCUGCUGUUUGCGCGGCGAGGCGAGCUCUCUGAUGUUGAGGAGGAGGAAGAAGAGGAGGAGGAAGAAGACAUGGAGAUGGAUCCAGAUGGCCCCAAGAAGCAUAACGGCCUGCCGGGCAGCAGCCCGUCAAAAUCCAAGCUGCUCUUCAGCAACACGGCGGCUCAGAAGCUGCGGGGCACAGAUGAUGCUUAUAAUAUGUUCUUUGUGAACAACUACUGGUACAUCUUCCUUCGUCUGCACCACAUCCUCUGCUCUCGUUUGCUGCGGAUCUACGGCCAAGCUGAGAAGCAGAUUGAGGAGGAUGCCCGUGAACGAGAGUGGGAAAGAGAAGUGUUGGGGCUCAAAAGGGAGAAAAAUGAAAAUCCAGCAAUCCAGCUGAAGAUGAAGGAGCCAAUGGAUGUUGACGUAGAGGACUAUUACUCGGUGUUUCUGGAAAUGGUGCGUAAUCUUUUGGAUGGAAACAUGGAGCCGACUCACUACGAGGACUCCGUGAGGGAAAUGUUUACUAUCCAUGCCUACAUUGCCUUCACCAUGGACAAACUCAUCCAGAGCAUCGUCCGGCAGCUCCAGCACCUCGUCACUGAUGAUGUAUGUGCGCGUGUAACGGACAUGUACCUGAGCGAAAGUGCCAAUAAAGCCACGGGGGGCACCCUGUCCACGCAGACAUCCAGGGCCACAGCAGAGGGGACCUACCAGCGCAAAGCAGAGCAGCUGAUGUCGGAUGAGAACUCCUUCAAGUUGAUGUUUGUAAAGAGCCGAGGAACCGUCAGUCUGGCCAUGGAGCUGCUGGACACAGACGAGGAGAACUCUGAUGAGCCGGCCGAGGCAGAGAGGUGGUCCGACUACGUGGGCAGAUACCUGAACUCAGAUUCUGCGUCCCCGGAACUGCGUGAGCACCUGUCCCAGAAGCCGGUGUUCCUCCCCAGGAAUUUGAGACGGAUCAGAAAGUGCCAGAGAGGAUGGGAGCGACUGCAGCAGGAGAGGAUGAACAAGGUCCCGUCGGACAAGUCGCAGGACGGCGACAGUGGGCUGAAGAUGGAGUGCAUGUUCAAGCUCAACUCCUACAAGAUGGUCUACGUCUGCAAGUCCGAGGACUACAUGUACAGGCACACGGCACUCACACGGGCUCAUCAGUCCCAAGAGCGGGUCAACACACGCCUGCACAGACGCUUUCACGCCUGGCUGGACACCUGGGCUAAAGAGCACGUGUCCAGCGACAUGGCCGUCGACAACCGCAAGUGGCUGAUGGGAGAAAGACGAGAAGGCCUGUUGCCCUGCACCACCACCCGCAACCCCGAGAUCCUCCAUUAUAUCAACGUUAACAAGUACCGGGUGAAGUACAGAACACUGUAGUCUCUCUCUGUCGACAGAUAAACAGUGGCGGUGACUUCUUCUUCUUCUUCUUCUUCUUCACACCACAAACUGCCAGUGAUGACUUCAUACACACAGUAGCUUCGCGCAGAUUUCUACCACCUGCUGUUACUGGAUUCAGAUGCCAAAAUGUGUCAGAACUGAUUCAGGAACUUUGUCCAAACUUUCAAGCUUAAGCUACAAAAUCCUGCAACGUAUGAGAAAUAUAAGAUUUGCAGGUGUUGCUCAGAAAUCUCAUUAUUAUAUUAAAUGUAGAUUUGUUUUUCAUGACAUGAAUAUACAGAGAAAAACACUCCUUACUGCAUCUUCUCUUUGGAGCAAUUCACAGUUUAAACAAAAGAAAGUGGUUUAAGCAUUUCAUAACUAAAACUAAACCAUUAAAUACAAGUUUUUUGAGAACCACAACAGGAAAUAAAAACAAACAACCUCAGUUUCUCUCUGCAGUAAGAACAAGUACCUGUUAAAAUGUGUGAGAUUAAUCUGGCUUCAAGCUGUGUACAGCCUGUGAAUGUUUUCCUUAUUGGUGAUAAAGUAAGGCACUAUAUAUAUAUAAAUAUAUAUAUAUAUAAAUAUAUAUUCAACAUCUCUGGCGACUGCUGGGUACGACUGCCAGCCGUGUGCAUCGAGUACAAUAAUUUAUGACCGCCCAAACACUUUGUAAAUAUGAUGUUUAUAUCUAGAUUUUUUUUUUUUUUUAUCAGAUGUCAUUGAUGUGUAGCGUACAUUAACACACACGUAGUAUCAGUCUUUAGCUAGAGGUUGCAGAGGAAAUGCAAAACUGUUUUUUACCAAAGGAUGUUAAUUAGAGACCUUUGUGGUCUGUUGAACGUGUUGUCCCCGAAGUCUUUGUUUAGUAGAAAAAUGACCCAUUUUAUACGUGUUUCUGCGCAUUUCUACCGCCAGUCUCUGGCAUCAGUAUCACUUGUGAUUUUAAGAUGACUGAAUGUAGCUGAGCAGCAAUUUCUCCUUUUUUUUUAAAUAGAGUGCUGGAGGGAUGAAGUAUUUUUGUAGGCCAACCAGGAAGUUAGCAUCGCCAAUGUUCCCUCCACAAAAAGACAAUAGGAUUUUUCCAUUGGGUUUUGGA